CGUUGCCAGGACAAACGCGAGCGCUCAAAACUCUUGCAUGCGUACUGGGGUGGAAGCGAAGGCUGGCCUUCUCCGCUUACCAAAGCGCUCGAGGUCGUCGUUCGACGGAGCCACCUCGAUCUUCUUCCGUUUAGCAAAGUGCUGCUGCUGCUGCUGUCGUCUUUUACUAAAAAACAUCGCCUUUGGGUUUUUGCAUUCUCAUAUAUGGGCGAGUAAUAAGGCGUCGUGUGCCCAUGUUGUGUAUGGUCCAUCCAUCUGAUAAAGUCGACUUUCUAGGCCACGAAAAAGCUUGUGUCACAAUAAAGAGCUGAAUAUCCAGGCAUACCUCAUUACUUGUGGGGGUUCCGUUCCUUGCCUACUACCACGUGUAACAAAAUCGUUAAAAGGUUUGGACACUGAGGGGAAAUAAAUCUGCUUUACAGAUGGCCGUGGAAGUAGAAAAAUCUCAUUUUGAUGCUUCAUCGCUUGUAAAGGCCAAGUAUUAUGAUAGAUGGAAUUACACAGAACCAGAAAUGGACUAUCCUGAAUUAGUUAGCAAGGUUUGCCAGCUUUCCGAUGGAGAAGAUGGGGAGUCCUUGCCCAAAGGAAGUGAAGAUGAAGAGUCCACACCUGAGGAAGGAAGUGGUUGUGCCAUUCCUGACCUUUCCCAGAGGAAUAACAAAUAUCCGACAAUGUCUUUAACACCUUCUAACAAGUUUUGUAAGAUAAAAGCAAAGUACAUGGAGAGACGGCCGCUUGUUAGCAAGACUGCUUAUGGCCACAGUGCACCUCGACACUUUAGCAGCAGUGGCUUGCAGACUGAAGAACAGCUUGAUCAGUGGAAAACGGAGUGCUCCAAUACUACAGAGCUGGGUGCUUCAAGGAUGCUUCAAGGUUUGAUGGAACUCCCAGUGGGCCUUGCAAACAAAGAUGUAGACUCUAAACUUUAUAGGCCCACCACUGAAUCCCGCUACAGGCUGGAUGCUGACUGUAAUAGGAGCCAAAUGUCAUUUGCCCCCUAUUCAUCCACUCCGAAACACUUGGCUUGUAAAAGAACCUUGCAUUUUACUGCUUCAGUGCCCAUGUUCCCUAAGAAUAGCACUUCCCUUCAGCCACUGGAAGAUUCCGAUUCUGAACAGCAGGAAAUGGAGAGAUCACAAAGCUUUUCAGCUGCUCGGGCUCUGUCUUCUUCUGAAAUGUCUGUCCCUUGGUAUCUGAGCAGUUUGUCUGACCCUGAAGAAAAUAACAUGCUAGGCACAUGCAAGCAAAUACCCAUUAAUAGCUGCUCAUUCGUGGGACAAGUAAGGAAGAUGUCUCCCUUCCAGGCUGACUACUGGGCAUGUGCAAUACCCGAUUCCCUACCCCCAUCGCCAGACCGUCAUUCCCCUCAUUGGAACCCUAACAAAGAAUAUGAGGAGUUGCUUGAUUACACCUACCCUUUAAGGCCAAAGUACAAGCUUGGAAAGAACCCCAAGUGUGUGGUGCAAGAUUCGCCUGUCCAUGAUUCAGGGGUUGACCUUGAGAGCCUUUCACCUGAGAGUACCUUGAAGUCCGUGAGUGUACAGGGCCAGGAGCAUCCAGUUGCAGGAAUCCAGUGUGCACAGAGACUGUUGAGAAAGCCAGAAUGCUCAGCUCCAGUUUCUGACCGACUUUCACCUGUUGGGAAAGUAUCAUUUGCAGAUGGUGGCCUCUUUGCAGGCUGCACUGGCCUCUCAAGCAGUAUGGCACAUAGUUUGUCUGGGGGUAUCAGGCCUGAUCCAUCUGGUUCGACCAGCAGAAAUCAAAGAGCCUGGAACGCAAUGGGACAUGAUUGUCUUCCAAAGAGGGAUGCCUCGAGCAGCGUUAUACGUUCUACACGGGUUCUGCCUUUACAAAAGGAAUGUUCUGGAGAUGAAGAAUUUCUCUCCUUACCACCCAGACUCAAGGAAUUGGAAACAUUGGCUCAGCAGCUGACUGCUCUUUCACUGACCGUAAGGAAACCUGGCCAUAUCCAUGUCCAGGAUGACUUCCCAUGUAUUCGUAUGAAUGGGGAGCAGCUUCUUCCAGAAGUUUAUAGAGUGUGUGGAGGUAACAAGAAUGUGUUGGAAAUGUGUUGUGACUCUCAGGAACAUAAUGAUGAAAACCUUCUGAGUAAGCAAGGCUACAGAGACCAUCGAAGCAUGCAAGAAGAGGUGGCUAGCACUGAUUUGUUAGUUACAAAAUGCCAAGAAUUCCAGGAUCCUGGAGGCCAUCAUGUCAGCCAAGAGGAGGACUACUGCAAAGACUCACUUGCACAGCAUAUUAAGAUAUUUUGCUGUCGGCUAGAAGAGCUUAUUUGUUGGCUGAAUAAAGUAGCAGUAGUUACAGACAACUGGAUUCCUCCCAAGCCAGAUAUUGAAAGUGUAAAGGCAUCAUUACAAAGUUACCUGGACUUCAAAAAGGAUUUAGUUAGCCACCAAGCAUUGACUGAGGGUGUGUUGCAGGAUGGUGAAAGACUCCUUAACUGCAUAGCAUUAAAUUCACCAGUUUUACAGAACACCUUGGGUUUAAUUGCAAAACAAUCUGACGAUCUUGAAAGCCAUGCUGACCGCUUGUAUGCGUCUGUUCUAACAGCCAUGGAUUCCCUAGGUUCUGGCUUGAUGAAGAAUUGUGAUGAUCAAAAUACAGCUGCCCAGGUAGAGUCUGCUAGAUGGAUGUCUUCAGCAGACCUGGAAUCUGGCAGUUAAUCGUUAGCUGAACCAACCAACAAGCCAAGUGAAGAGUCAGAUGAAGUAAUGUCAAACUGAUCUCUAUAUAGGAGAGCUGCCAUACUGGGACUUGUUUCUUCAUGAGGUGUAAUCUGGAGUAUCACCAAGCUCGGAAGUUACAGCAACUGCCUUUGUAUGAGCAUUUGAAAACACUGAAGAUACAACUUCCACAGAUGUUGGAUUAACAGGUGGCUUAAUAAGCUGCCUCAGCUUUUAAACAGUCCUUCGCAUGAACAGCUGUGUAUCUUAUGCCAGUUCCUCUUAUCUACUUGGUUCAAGGAAUUCUGUUUUGCCAAGACACAUUUAUGGAAAGACUGCAUUUCAAAUAAAGUGAAUUAAAGUCACAA